AGCUCAGCGCUGCGAGCAUUGAUUUCAUUCUCCCAAUUCGACCUCGAAAGCCACGACGGGAGUCAUUGCGCGGCCCAAUGCGACUCACACAGCUACAGCGACCGCUGCAGGCGGCUGCUGCAAGCGGAUUCAGGCCGGGCCUGGCCUUCACGCCUACCUGCCUCUCCCAGCUCUUCGGCCAGCUGCGACUCGAUGGGGGCAGCCAGGUUGAGGGAAGACGAUAUGCGUCCGUCAAGUCCCAGGGAGCAUACAAAUUGAAGUGGAAGAGGACGAUUCCAAAGAAGAUGGGAGCGAAGAGGACGGGUGAUCAGUUCGUCAUCCCGGGCAACAUAAUCUACAAGCAGCGCGGCACACUCUGGCACGCAGGCGAGAACACGAUCAUCAGCCGCAACCACACGAUCCACGCGGCGGUGUCGGGCUACGUCAAGUACUACCGCGACCCGGCGCACCACCCGACGCGGCAGUACAUUGGCGUGACCUUCAACCGGGAGGACAAGCUGCCGUACCCGCCCAACGCCGUCCGCCGGCGCCGGCUCAACCUCGUGGCCAGCCCGCGCAAGCCCGAGCCCGAGGCCCGCGACGUCACGGGCCCCAGCGGCAUCCCCCUGUGGGUCGUGCGGCGCGAGGGCCAGACUUUGGCGGAGGCGGAGGCGGAGCUGCUGCAGGCGACGGGGGCAGACGGGGCCGAGCAGGGCCAGCAACCGCAACAGCAGCAACUCGCGCAGGAGGCGACCAAGGCCCGGCGGUCCAAGAAGUCGCUCGCCAAGCAGCGGGCGGCGCGGCUGACGGAGCUGCGGGCGCAGCGGCGACGGGUGCAGCGCGAGACGCGGGUGCUGCACCUGCAGAACGACUACAGCUACCGCGAGCACAACUGGGAGAUCGGUCGGCUGAUCGGCCCCGCGGGGCGGGUUCCUGGCACGGGCAAGGUCGUGGCUCGCAAGGCGGCGCUGCGGGCCCGCAGGAGGAGGCGCGACGCCGAGUUCAGGAAGCUCAAGGCCUCGGCGGCGGCGCGCAAGGUCAGGAGGGACGCCCAUAUGGAGAAGGUCGCUGCGAAGAAGGCUCUCAGGGCUGCUGCUGAGGCUGGCGAGGCUGUUGAGGCUGCCAAGGGUGCUGCCAAGGGAAAGGGCCAGGGCCAGGGCAAGAAGAAGGCGUAGGGGGGAGAGAAGGGGUUGGAAUGGAAUGUGUAAAAUAUGGAAUGUAAGGUACCUAGAGAUGGGUGUGUGUACUCUGCGUUAAAUAUCUAGAAUUACCACAUUUUGAAGCUGUGAAGACCAAGGUCGGGAUGUAUGUAGGUGCCUCUAUAAUCUACAGUAUAGCUACAAAUUUGUUCCAAUAUG